GUUUGGCCACUGACCUGUUGUAUUGGUGCCAUCCUUGGAGAAUUGGUUACUUCAGUUUACCUACUGACAGGACUCUUUAUCAGUGACUCUGGCAGGCGGAAGAACAAGGCCACUUGAGUAGCAAGAUUUACUUAAAAAUUAUGGCAUCAAAGAAAAACAGGAAGACAGUAGAGUUGAAACUGAACAAGAAGAAAGUAAGUGGAUCAAAGAAGCAGAGGACAGUUGUGAAAACCACCUUGGAUAAUCCAUUUUCUGUAAAGUUGCCAGUCAUUGAGGAAGAGUCAGAGAAGGAAAUUAAGUUGCAGUUGGAACAGUGUUGUUCUAACCUCAGCUUACCCAUCUUUUCUCCUGCUUGGAAGGAGAUUUACAAUUUGAAAGGUAAGGAACGGACUCAGUACUGUCGUAAGUUCAAGAAAGAUGCACUCGAGAAAUUGCUCGGCAGUCCUGACUCAGCCGAAAGAUACAAAGUUGUACAGGAAGGGCGUUCCCACCUCAUUUUUGGCUAUAAUUCUGUCAUGAGAGCAUUAGAACAAAAUAGACUAGCUGGGAUCCUCUUGAAGAAAGAUAUCACUCCAACUUUCUUAGGUGAAAUGUUCACUCUUGGUUGCCAGAGUAGAAAUAUCCCACUUGUGCCUCUGAGUGGGUUGGAUGAUACACUGAAAAGGGAAGAUACACUUGGUGUUAAGCACAGAAUUAUGGUUGUCGGACUGACGUUGUCUGUACAAGAAUCAUCUAGCCGGUUCUUUCCACUAUACUGUUGUAUGCAGAAGACACUUCAAGACAUAGGUGAGACUCGCUUGAAACUGGGUCAUCUUCCAGAUGAGGUUGUUAGUGAGAAGGCUAUGGGAACACAUCCUGACAAAUUGAUAAUUAAUGAGAAUUCUAGAGUGAACAAGGCAAAAACUCCAAUACCCAUUGAGGUUUCUGCAGGUUUUACUGACGUGAUUGAUAUCAGAGAAAAUGGUGUGAAGUUCAUUGCACAAGAGGGAAUUGCUCCUAAAAAUAAGCUAACGCCAGAGGAGAUAAAGUCUUAUCACCUGAAGCGAUCGAAUAAUAGUAAACGUAUUUUCAUUCCGGGGACCAAAAAGGCUGAAAAUUUAGACUUAAAGGAAGAUAUAAUUUGUUUUUCACCUUCAGAUGUAAGAAUGCCUCUAAUCAACAAUGGAAAUAUGGCUAUAAUAAGACCAACUAAAGAACCGAAGGAAAAAAGUGAAAGCAUAGAAGAAAAACCAGUAGGUUUCACUUUCAACUUCAGUGUUAACAGAGUCAGUGAUGAAGAUGCAGAUGUCACAGAAGGUGUUUCCACGAUGGAUAUAGUUCACUUUGAGCCUUCAGUAGCAAGGUCUUCUCCAACCAGAAAUGAAAGAGCAAGUUAUGAAACCAGUGCUCUUACUCAGGAAAGUGUAGACCAAGAGAGCAUGAAGAAGAGGAAAGCAGAGGACAUGAGUUUUGAAUUUUUCUUCGACACAGAAGGCAAUCGUGAGAGUUUCAGCGAAGAGAGUGCUUUCAUUCCGGAGAGUAAUUCGUCUAGUCAGCCAAAAAGAGUCAGAGAAAGCAGUGAGAAGAAAGAAACUGAUUUUAAACCUGGAUUUUUUAUUGAUACUGGUGGUGAAGGAGACACAAAUAAUCCAGAAGAAAUUGGAAGAAGAAAUGAAAUAGUGACAAAUGAGGAAAUUGAGGCAAGCAGCAAAAAGGUAAAGGAAAAGAAGAAAAGUACCAUUAUGUUCCCAUAUACGCCUGCCCAGAUCAGGAGGGUGAAAAAUAAUCCUGACCGUAAAAGCAACAAGAAAAAACAGUAAGGGACCACAGAUUAUUUUCUAUAUGAGCAAUAGGAUGUGAUUGUCAGUUAACCUGAUUUUUCAAGGGUAAUAAUUGUUCUAUGGAUUGCUUUUUUCUUUUGGCUAAUCAUGGAUAAUCAUAUUCUAAGAAACUAUUAAAUAAAAAAAAAUUUGAAAUUGUAUGAAAAAGUUUCGUGUCCAUUUUACCAGGACUGUACAAUUAUAAGCAUGGAUUUAACUCUAUAUAUUAUGCCUGUAAUGUGAUUUUAAUUACGUUAAGCUAUUUUCAUCAAUGCUCCUUUUGAUUGCAAGCUUUUUUUCAAUUCUCUUUUAUAGUCAUUUGUUAUCAAUUGAAGUAUGUACUACACUGUAAUCUUGAUCAUUGUAUUGUUCACUAUGCAUUUUCAUUAGUGAAAUUUUACUAUUAAAUUCACAAAUUA